AUGAUUCCAGCAAAGGCAUUCUAACUACUACCAGUGGCUCUUAAUAAGACUGAGGAGGCAUUUACAGGAUUUCUUUAUACAUCUAAGAAUACACAUGCUCAAUUGAAAUAAAGAUAUAAUGUUUAAGGAGAUUUAUUUAUAUAGAUUAAUGGCUAUGUUUUUUAAUUGCAAGGAGAAAAUGGAUACAAAGACGAUUCCAUUGCAGGGAGCAAAUACGUAAGAUAAUUGCUGAGAAUGUCAUUCACAGAUAAGAUUGACGUGGCAGUGUUUUCACUUCCAAAAGAUAAAGAAUACAGAUUGGGAGUUCUUGAUGUUGAAUUGGAUAUCGUCUAAUAAUCAGGAACUCUAGACAGACUUGAAUUGAAUUCUGAAGACUUAGCCCCAUUCUUGAAAAGAGCAUAUAGUGGUUAAUUCUUCAGAGCAGGUUAAAUUCAGCUAUUUUUGUUUGAAGGCAACACUUACUUAUUUAAAGUUACUCGUACUGAUGUAUUGAGUGUGGGAGUGGAAUCAUAGCAAGUCAAAUUUAUGGGAGGAGGAAUGUUGGUUGAUGAAACUGAAGUUGAAUUCAGUAUCAGACAAGGAGUAAACCAAUUGAAAAUGAAGAAUGCUUCAACACAUACAGCUAGUAUAUUUAGAGAAGAUUUUUCAUUUGAUAAAUUGGGAGUUGGAGGUUUAGAUAAAGAAUUGGCAAACAUAUUUAGAAGAGCAUUCUCAUCAAGAAGAUUCCCAUAAGCCUUCCUUGAAAAAUAUGGUAUCAAGCAUAUCAAAGGUCUCUUGUUGUAUGGUCCUCCAGGAACUGGUAAAACCUUGAUUGCAAGAUAAUUGGCUAAAGUGUUGAAGGCUAAGCCUCCAAAGAUUGUUAAUGGACCAGAGAUUUUCAGUAAAUUUGUAGGAGAGGCCGAAGAAAAUGUCAGAAAACUAUUUGCUGAGGCUAUUGCAGAUCAAGAGACAAAGGGUGAUUAAAGUGAUUUGCAUAUCAUUGUCUUUGAUGAAAUGGAUGCCAUAUGUAAAUAAAGAGGAUCCAUUAACUCUGGAUCAGGAGCCUAUGAUAACGUUGUAAAUCAAUUGUUAUCCAUGAUUGAUGGAGUCAAUUCUCUUAACAAUAUAUUGGUCAUUGGUAUGACUAAUAGAAAAGACUUAAUUGAUGAGGCUGUUCUAAGACCAGGAAGAUUUGAAGUACAUAUUGAGGUUGGAUUGCCGGAUGAAUAAGGUAGAUAAUAGAUUUUAAACAUUCAUACUGAUAAUCUCAAAAAGAAUAAUGCCCUCGAUAAAGAUGUGAAUUUAGAAGAGUUAGCUUAAAUUACUAAGAAUUAUACAGGGGCUGAAAUCGAAGCUGUAGUGAAAUCUGCAUCCUCCUUUGCAUUUUAGAGAAUGUAGAGUAUUUUUGAUUUCUAAAAGAAAUUAACUAAAUAAGACGAACUUCAAGUCAGAAGAUGUGAUUUCAUGAAUGCCUUAGAUGAAGUCAAACCUUAAUUUGGUAUUGAUACAAAUAAAUUUGAUUUGCUACUCAAAAAUAGAUUAAUCGAUUUUGGUGAAGAAUUCAGAAAACUUCAAAAAAUCCUAAAAAAUACUAUUGAUUAAACUAGAUUUGGUAAGAAUUCUCAAUUGAAUUCUGUUUUAUUGGAAGGAGAACAAGGUUCAGGCAAAACAAGUGUAGCAGCAUGGUUGGCAGUUGAAUGUGGAUUCCCAUAUGUUAAGUUAAUAUCUCCUGAAACAUUCAUCGGUUUAACUGAAGGUGCUAUCAUCAAUCAGAUGGUUAGAAUCUUCAAUGAUGCAUACAAAUCAUCACUUUCAUGCAUUUUGAUUGACAACAUUGAAAGACUCAUUGAAUACGUAGAUAUCGGUCCCAGAUUCUCCAAUGCUAUCUUAUAGGCUCUAUUAGUAUUAAUCAAGAGACUACCAGAUAAAUCUUAAUGUAGACUCCUUAUUAUAGGCACAACAUCACAAUAUCAAAUAAUGAAAUAAUUGGAAGUAGUCUCUUGUUUCAAUGUUGCCUUUAAAGUUCCUAAUCUGAUCAAGCCUGAUGAAAUCAAUUUGGUUAUCAAAGAUUACUUGACCACUUCACCUUAAUCUUCAAACAAAAUUUAAUUAUCUUAAUAGUAGGAAUAGUCAGUCAAUACGAUUGCUACUUAAAUCAAGGACAUUCCAAUCAAGAGAUUAUUGAUGUUGCUUGAUAUGGUAGGUGCUUAAGAGAAGGGUUUGAAUGUUGAGGAGUUCAUGAUUUGUUACACCACUGUUAUGAUGAAUCACCUUUGA